AUGACAACGGCUCCUCCCUCUCACGUCGUGGUGUCAGACACCGAGCCCAAGGUGGACAUCGACAGCAAAGUUGAUGAUGUCCUUGCGAUCCCCUCCCUUGCUGCUAGCGACAAUGUAGUGCAGAAGUCGUGGUGGCAGAGGAUUAUCAGCGGCAACGCAGACGCAACACAUGAUACUAAGAGGGCCAUGAGUAGCCGUCACUUGAUGAUGAUAGCGAUCGGUGGAACGAUUGGGACUGGCAUCUUCCUUAGUGCGGGAUCUGCUGUAGCCACUGCAGGGCCUGGAAGUGCACUUCUGUCCUACAUUAUUGUCGGUCUGUUCUGCUAUGCGGUCGUCAUUUCAUUGGGAGAAAUGGCGGCUUUUAUCCCUGUGUCUGGAACUUUCGCCGUGUUUGGGACUCGGUUUAUAUCACCUGCUUUGGGAUUCACUCUUGGCUGGAAUUAUUGGUUGCAAUGGAGCCUCUCCAUUCCGAGUGAGCUGACAGCAGCAGCAGUCAUCCUUCAGUUCUGGACCGCGCGACUGCAAGCAUGGGAAUGGGCUUUGGUCAUCAUCGUACCAAUCUUCGCUAUGCAAUUAAUACACGUACGAGUAUAUGGUGAAUCUGAGUACUGGUUCGCGCUGAUCAAGGUCCUCCUGAUCAUUGUCUUCAUCUUCGUCGGCUUGAUAUACGACUGGGGAGGCGUCCAUGGCCACCCAGGUCCGGGGCGCUCGAACUUCCAGGACGGACAGGCAUUCAUCGGGGGCUUCUCUGCGUUCGCGCAGACGUUUGCAUUCGCAUUCUAUUCGUACGGUGGGGUUGAACUCGUCACGCUCGCGGCAGGCGAGUCAGCGAGCCCGCACAAGACCGUUCCGCGCGCAGUUCGAGCAACCUUCUUCCGCAUUGUCUUGUUCUACCUUUUGACGAUCCUGACGAUCGGUUUGUGCAUCAAUCGGGCGGACCCAACCUUGUUGAGUGCAGCAUAUGAGUCGGACGUUACCGCCUCCCCUGUCACGGUUGUCUUUGUACGCGCAGGGUUCAGGACCGCUGCACAUGUCGUCAAUGCUGUCCUGCUUACGGCCGUCCUCUCUGCGACAAACUCAUGCUUUUACGCCAGUUCGCGCAUGCUUUUGUCGCUGGCCCGGAAUGGACAGGCGCCCCGCGUAUUUGGCUGGGUGAACAGCCGCGGCGUCCCAGUACCAGCUCUCCUGAUGUCACUCGCGGUAUCCUUCCUCACGUUCCUGACGACCAUAUGGGGUGAAGGAAUUGUAUUCACCUGGCUUCUUGACCUUACCGGAAUUUCCGCGCUCCUCGUCUGGGGUUCAGUGGGUCCUAUAUCGUUGCGUUUCCGCCAGGCUUGGCGUGCACAGGGCCGCGUGCUUGACGAUCUCGCGUACAUCCAGCCACUCUUUCCGCUACUACCAGUAGCUACAAUUAUAAUUGCGGUCUUGAUGUUCGCGGCCGACGGUUAUGCUGCAGUAGCUGAGCAGCCUUUUAAUCCAAGGAACGUGGUAGCGACGUACAUUGGUGUCGCUCUGUAUGUAAUCCUCUACGCAGGUUAUACGCUCUACGAACGAUUUUGGUUGAAGAAGACGGCGCACUUCGUACCUCUCUCGGAAGUCGAUCUCGAGACAGAUGCAGUUUGGGGUCGAGGAGAGGGGCAACGCAACCGAGAGUACGACAGAAAUGAAAAGAGGUUGGACGAUGUUCACGACGGGUGGCGAGCUUGGCUGGGGAAGGUCGGCCGACAUGUCUAUUGA